AGAUGAAAAUAGCUGGAGGUUGUUGCCUUAUUUGUGCACUUCUGUGUGUUGUAAUAACAGUCACUACAACAGUAGUUCAUAUGAAUAGGUUACAGACACUUCAUGAAUGUGUCUACACUCCUCAAAGCAAAACUUGCAUGUGUGUGUCAGCUAUUGGGGAUCACAGUGCACAAGAAGCACAUCGUUUCGUUUUCAAUAACACUCCGAACUGUGAAGUUGUCCAUGGAAGCUUGUAUUCUUGCCUGCGUGUUCUCUUUAGUUUUUCUGUACUGGGCAUUCUUUUAUGCAUAUCAUGUUCAAUGUUGAUAUAUCAGCUCCAUUCACAUGAGAAAAAAAGGGUUUACUGGGAACAGCUGGAACUGAGAAGAAGGUUUUUGUCCCAACGUCAGCCUCAUCAUUCCAUUUGUGGAUGCUAUGAUGAAUUAUAUCCUUGGCAGUUGUGGGAAAUGCUUGAUUAUAGAUAUCUUGCUCCGCAUAAUAAUUUGCCAAAUAAUUCUGGCGAAGAAGAACAUUGUCUUCCAUCUACCUCAUCUCCCACUAGAAAUGCAAGAUCAGGUGGUGACCACUGUGUUUCAGCCUGGAAUUGGCUACCAUGGCCUAGGCAGAUAAGUGAAAGAAGUAGAAUAAAUCUGCAUGAUAGAUCUGAUGGCCAACCAUUAAGGCAAAGUUUUAUGAGACGCUUAAUGUCAAGAGACGUAAGGAAUCAAGCAGUUAAUGGAUCGGCAGAAGACUCUUGCUCACUUUCACAGUCAGUAGGGACUUUGCCCUGGAGAAGUGAAUGCAUACAUAUUUUUCGACCCAGUCCACAUAAUACAAAUUUUUUUCCUCCUGUGCGUUUUGGAAUUCGAGCAAGAAACAUGCCUUAUGGUCGACCUCACAGCAAUCAUCGCCGAACAAGAUCAAAUGAUGGAAUUUUCCAUCAUCUUCACAUGAAUGCACCACCUCGCUAUGCACAACCAUAUUCCUUAAUUGAUGCUAAUGGAGGAAUCAGCUGUCACUUUUCAGGAUGUGAAAUUCCACGUUACAUGUGGGGACCUCCUCCGCCUUACUCACAGCCACCAUCAACUGAGAACAUAGUCCAACUACAAAGCAGGCAGUCUGUUAUAGAACUUGAACGAUUAAGUAGUGGCAUGGAAAUACCACACUGUGAUAGAGUCUACACAAAUCUGGAUAUGGAACAUGGUGGAAAUGGUUCAGUAUCUUCAAAGAUCAGCACGCCCUUAUCAGAAAGACGAUUUUUGUGUCAUAAUUUUUCUUCAGAAGGAAUUAGAUUAACUAUUGGCAGCAAUUAUACCAACAUAUGUACUCAGGAUGCCGUGACCAGAGAGCAUAAGCGAGAGGAAACAUGUAUUGUUGAAGUUCAUGUACCUUAUAUAUUUAAUAAAAAAGAUAUUGUUUUCAAUACAUUACCUACAAGAAGCUGCAGAAAGAAAAAUACAAAUCAUUUUAAAUCGUUGUCAAAUAUUCCACUUAGUCUAUCCCGUAAAAUAAAUAAUGCAAAAAAUGAAAAAUCAGAACACGAACAACUUUCAGUAGUUAAACCACAUUGUGACAUAGAAGUAAAUACAAAUGCAACAGUGCGUGUUACUGAUUCGAAUAAUGUGUGUCAUUUGCAUGAUCUGAAGAGAAUAACAAAAGAGCUUUUAUGUACUGAUUCUGUUGUUAGUAAUUCAUUGGAGACUGAUACUUCACCAAGUUCACUUAGUUAUCAGCCUGCAACAGUUGAGGUACCUGCACAAUUUAAGGCCAGUCUUGCAACUGCUACUAGCCCAUCUACCCCAGUAACAGAAAACUUUACACUUACUAGUAAAAUGUACGCACAGUCCAUGCCUAAUUUAAACCUUUCAAAUUCUCUUCCUAGAAACAUUCGUAGUAGAGUGCCAUCAAGUGGCAACACUUCGACAUCUCAAGAUUUUGCAGACUUUGAGUUGGAGGAUGAUAGUUCUCCUUUGGUUUUAUGUAGCCCUAUAUCCGAUAUUCGAUCUCUUCCUCCUUUGCCAGAUGAUGAUGCAUCUGACAGUUCCUCGUUGUAUCCACCAUGUCCUCGUUUGUUUGCAUGUGACCAUGAAGCUCUAUUUUCUAAUGAUUCUAGUUCCGUCUCCUGUGAAGUGACAAUGGAGAAUGCACUUAGCACUGAUUCUUCAUCUUGCGAAAUAAUAGUAGUGGGAGAUGGUGACAGACAAUUAUCCAGAACUUUACACUGCAGGUCCACAGAAACCACAUUUGUGCCAUUUUCAUCAUCACCAUCAAUCAUCAUAAGCAAACGUCCUCCGACUGAAUGUUCAAUCGACUGUAAAAUUCGGCAUCUUCAUCACUAUCAUCCUGAAAAGAUUGAAGUUCAUGAGGUAUCUGAACAGAUGAGGGGAAAUGAUUUUAACUUGUCACAGGAAAGGACUAGUAAUUUUGUUGUCACUAUUAAAAGUGUGAAUGUUUAAGUCGCUUAUUUUGUUAUGAAUAAAUUGUGCAGUUUUGUAGCUUGUGUCUUGAUACAUGACAGUGAAUGAGACAAAAAGUUAUAACGUGGCUUUAUAUAUAUAUUUGUGGGACCAUAUCUUUUUAUGCUAACUUCAUCCCCCAUAUUGGGAGGCCUCAUUACUGAAUUUGUGGAUCUAUUUUUUAUAGGAAAUGAAUUGUAGCCGUGUUAUUUAAGUAUGCUAAGUGAAAAAUCUUAGUAAUACAUGCACAUAAUUUAGUUAAUGUAGUUUCUAUGUGAUUUUGUUAUAUUAGUCAUUGUUAAAUUCUAAAAAUUAUUUUAAUUCACUGUUAAAGUUUUUUUUUUUUUUUUUUUAAACCCAAACAUUUAAAGACAUUUCUGACUGAUGAUUUUACUUUUACGCAUGUUUGACGAAAUUGUGAACUGUAUCUUGUUUGUUACUUUAGUGAUUUUGUUCAUGAUUUCAUCAAAGGAAAGCACAGUUUGAAAUAAAAUUAUAGUAAAAUAA